AUGGUCGCCAUCAAGCAAAUGAUUUCUGGCCUCCCUCUUCUGGCGGCCGUCGCUACGAGGGUUGCUGCCCAGCAGGUCGUCUCGGACGAUCUUGCCGUCCGAGCCGGGUUCGCCAACGAGGACGCUCCGCUCGAAGCCCGCUUUGACGAAGAGGAUGACUCCUUCCUCCAGCUCCGCGAUCAGGAGAUCACGCUCGAGGAGCGUGCCAAGGAAGGGACGCCAAGCAUGUACCGUCGAGGAGGCAAUGGCAAGCCAGGCAAACCAGGCACUGGAAAGCAUGCACGCAGCAUGUACCGACGAGGAGGCAACGGCAAGCCAGGCAAGCCAGGCACUGGAAAGCAUGCACGCAGCAUGUACCGACGAGGAGGCAACGGCAAGCCAGGCAAGCCAGGCACUGGAAAGCAUGCACGCAGUAUGUACCGACGAGGAGGCAACGGCAAGCCAGGAGCACUCACCCUCUUACUAUACCUGAAAAACACCUGA